AUGGCGCGGCCUGCCGUUGGCAUGACACUAUUCGCAACCGGCUUCAACGCUUGGAGGCAGCUGGACUUUGAUUGUGAGACUCAACCUGACUCCCGCGAGCCGGAUGACAAAUUCUCCUUCACCAACGUUCUCGAAGGCGGCGUCAUUGAGCGGCCUGUCUCGCGGCUUCAGUACACCCUAGUCCAGCGAGAUAAUGUUCUCUGCAAGGCCGGCUUCGGUCUUGCGAAUCAAGUCGACCAAGAAGCAGCCUAUGCCUAUGCCGAAACGGCCAACGGAGAGAUUCUCGCCAUCGAACCCGAGGUGACCUGCCCUACUUCGGACGACCAUGGCCCUCCGCCGCCGACGACAAAUGUCCUUGUUCAAUACGCAUCGGCCGCCAAACUGAAACGCGGCGAGAGACGGAAAACAUGGCGCUGCGUUCAUCCCGCAAAGGCAAUAGCUGCCUUCGACGCCGGUUUCGUCAUCUUGUAUCAGGACGGCACCGUCGCCACCAUGGGUGAUGCUCGAUUCGAGGAUUGCCUGGGACGCGAUUGUACGGAGCGCUCACCUCCGGAGGACCCGGGAAUCGUGCACGAUCUCGCCAAUCUAGGGGACCCCGUCGUUCGCAUCGCAGCCGGUGGACAUUCUCUUGCCGCCUUGACCGAGAGUGGCGGCACGUACCUGUGGGGGAUGAUGUCGCCAAGCGGAGCGCAUCGACAGCAGGCUUUCCCGUCCCUCACCGGCAUCCCGAAUUAUGUCGAGUUCGACGAUGGCAAGGACAUUGUAGACUUUGCCCUCGGCGACUCGCACGCCAUCGCCCUCACAAUGGACGGGUGCGUUCUCGUCAUUGGCGACAAUACCAACGGCCAACUGGGCUUCGACGGGCAAGCGAGACGGCGGAUCGAUUCAUGGACUACGGCGACCGUCCGAGUUCCGCACGGACACGAGGUUGUGGCCGUGGCGGCAGGGCCCAAGUCAUCCUUCGUCCUCACAUCCAGUGUGCACGCCCGUGGCGACCGCACUAGGAGAGACGCUGCGGAAUGA